UUAGCCCAGGUGGCUUUGGGACUGUGGCACCAUGGUACACCAUGACAGGGACUCAUGCAAAAGGAUGACGGGAAGAAAGCAAAGAUAAGGUCCUGGUUCUUAAAAAUAAACGUGCACCAGUCUCUUAGCAGGCUUGUCAAGUGCGGACCUGCCACAGCUGCACACUUCUUGGGGCUACUGUGAGGUCUGCCUUUUAACAAGAGAGGCUGUCCCUGACAAACUGGAGUUGAAAAGCAGCUGUCCCAGGUUUCGGGGCUGGGAGAUGCUCUCUGCAGAUGGCCUACAUAGCAGAGUGUGAAAUCCUGAGAGCAGAGAGGAUCUGGGCUUCAGAGGGAAUGGGGCAGGGAGGCAGACUUAUCAAGGAAAUUGCCCAAAGAGCAAAGCCAAGUGACAGAACAAAGUAGGAGAAAAGGAGGUGAGGAUUGACGGAGGUCUGCUAAGGGCUUCAGCACGCAGUGUGCCUGGGCAAGUCACACAGCAGACAGAGGCAAGAGGAAAAUAAAAGAGACUACUGAGUUGCCGCUAAGGCGUUGAUCAAAAGUAGCCAAAAAUUGUAUCUAAGUGCCCAAGUCUCUUCCUCACCCGUUUCCCAAGAUGACGACUGGAAACACCGGCCAGUAACAGAAUACCUCAGUGUGCAAUGCCCUGGCCUCAACACGCUACCUGCCUAUAGCAAGUCUCCACGAAGCGGACUCACACCGUGCCUCCCUAAAAAAUCUACAAAACAACAGCAGAACAAAAUAAAAGGCUCUGUGAUGGUUUCCAGGGCUUUUCAACUUGAGGAGGGAAAAGCGACAAAGUGAAAAUGCACCAUGCUGGGAGUCCACCAAAGCUCUGCAAGAGGCCUGGCGCUAGGACCUGUAGCAGCGCGGGAAGUUCGUGAAUGACUGGGGGAGGGGACCACAGGAGGCAGAGUCGCUGUGGGUGCCACGCAGUCCCAGAAGACUGAAUACACUACACUUGAAUACACUAUAUGUAGGACACAGACGGAGCUGGACUUUAAGGCUUACAGUUCCUCCUAGCAUGACCAAGAUCUGAUCAGUCAACCCACGCAUUGCUUCUUGUGCCCAGCACUGCAGUGCUGGGGCCUCUUCAUAGCCCAGACUACAGCACUGUCAUGGCAGCUGCCUCUACUUCCAGCCCUGUAAUUUCACAGCCCCAGUUCACAGCCAUGAGCGAACAACAGUGCUUCUACAACGAGUCUAUCGCCUUCUUUUAUAACCGGAGUGGGAAAUAUCUAGCCACAGAAUGGAACACAGUGAGCAAGCUGGUGAUGGGACUGGGCAUCACUGUCUGCGUGUUCAUCAUGCUGGCCAAUCUCCUGGUCAUGGUGGCAAUCUAUGUCAACCGCCGCUUCCAUUUCCCUAUUUAUUACUUGAUGGCCAACCUGGCUGCGGCAGACUUCUUCGCUGGAUUGGCCUACUUCUACCUGAUGUUUAACACAGGACCUAAUACCCGGAGACUGACUGUUAGCACGUGGCUCCUCCGGCAGGGCCUCAUCGAUACCAGCCUGACAGCUUCUGUGGCCAACCUGCUGGCUAUUGCCAUCGAGAGGCACAUCACAGUUUUCCGAAUGCAGCUCCAUACACGAAUGAGCAACCGGCGCGUGGUGGUGGUGAUCGUAGUCAUCUGGACUAUGGCCAUUGUGAUGGGUGCCAUCCCCAGUGUGGGCUGGAACUGCAUCUGUGAUAUCGAUCAUUGUUCCAACAUGGCACCCCUCUACAGUGACUCCUACUUAGUCUUCUGGGCCAUUUUCAACCUGGUGACCUUUGUGGUCAUGGUGGUUCUCUAUGCGCACAUCUUUGGCUAUGUUCGCCAGAGGACUAUGAGAAUGUCCCGGCAUAGUUCUGGACCCAGGAGGAAUCGGGACACCAUGAUGAGCCUUCUGAAGACUGUGGUCAUUGUGCUUGGUGCCUUUAUUGUCUGCUGGACUCCAGGGCUGGUCUUGUUAUUACUGGAUGUGUGCUGCCCGCAGUGCGAUGUCCUGGCCUAUGAGAAGUUCUUCCUCCUCCUGGCCGAGUUCAACUCUGCUAUGAACCCCAUCAUCUACUCCUACCGCGACAAAGAGAUGAGCGCCACCUUCAGGCAGAUCCUGUGUUGCCAGCGCAACGAGAACCCCAAUGGCCCCACAGAAGGCUCUGACCGCUCGGCCUCCUCCCUUAACCACACCAUUCUGGCUGGAGUUCACAGCAAUGACCACUCCGUGGUUUAGAAGGAAGCCAGCCGGCCUCUGUGGAUCUGUGAACCCCCCUACACCCCCUUCAUUGCCAGGGCAAGGUGGGGAACCAGAGGAGAUGAACACACUCCUGUAGUUAACACUAACCAAUGGCAGUAUUUGUCCCUAGACCCAAGAGACUUGAGCAUGAACUUAUUUGGCAGCCCCCAUCUUCUCCUUUGGAAAAUGCAAGGAAACAUCUUUCAGUGGAAUUCAGAAACGGACUCUGGAGUGACCAUGUAGCCUUCACUAACUAGACUUAAAAGAUUUUAUCUGGUUUCGCCUAAGCCAGAAAAGAAAUCUUCCAAAAUGAGUACACAAUUCACACAGACUUCCCCUUUAAAGAACAAACAAUACAUUGCAUUUAUUAAUAAGUAUGUUUAUGCCUGACAGCAUGUUUGUGAUUGAAAAGACUGCUAAACUGACAUAGAUAAAUUUUUUUUCCCAUGAUGGAGGAAAAGUAUAAAUUUGAAUGAUUUUCGGGUUUGUUUAGAAUGCAAGCAUGGGAUGUGUGUAUACAGUAUGCCUUUCUUUAAAGAUAGAAGGAUACUAUUUUAAAUCUUCUAGGGAAUAGAAGAAUUUAGUAAAAAUCAAUAUUCAUUUAGGCUAUGGAAGAAACAAUAUCCUAAUCAAUUACCUUUUAAUUAAAGUAAUAAAAUAUACAUGAAAAGCAAAGGAAUGUGAGCUCGUCACCUGAAGAGUGUGUACUCUGCAAAUGUUGGAGAAGAUGGAAUGCUGUAUCGUCCCUGCAUAGUGAAGAUACCCAAGUGCGUUCUCAGUGCCAGAACGUCAGUGGGACUUGUUUUAAAGCCUGUGGUUUUCCAAGUUAUAAAAUAAUACCUACUUACUAUAGAAAACUUGAAAAUUGCAGAACUGUGUGAAAAAGAAAAAAAAAAGAAAGAUUACUGAUAUUACAACCUGGAAAUACCAUCUUUACCAGCUCACGCAUGUAUGCCUAUAGACAUAUAUUAUAUGCCUUUUUUUUUACAUAAUUGGGUUGAUAUUGUAAAAUGUUUUGUAACUUUUUCUUUCAGAAUUGCCAAGUUUUUCUAUGGCAUUUUUUUUUUCAAAAACAGUGUUAGUGGCUAUGUAAUAUUCCAUUUAAUGGAUGCAGCUCAGUUUAUUUAACCAUUCCUGUAUUGUUGACUAGGUUUUUAAUUUUUUUCAUUAUUAUAAUAUUGGAAGAAUCUUGUGUACAUAAAACUUUGCCAGUAUCAUUGAUGAUUUACUUAGGAUCUAUUCCCAUGAAGGACCUACUUUUUAAAAUGUGAAAUGUCCUCAUCUGUUUUCACUUUAUAAAAAGGGAUAUUCUACUUUCAAACCACAGGGGUGGCCGCACUGACGAAAGCCCAGGAAUUACCUUUUUACAAAAGAAACACAGUGGCUACUUUAGUUGAGAAUGAGUUCUUGACAAGAUGUUUGCCAAUAACCAGGACACCUUAAUGUAACUAGCAAAUUUACUUUAGUGUUUGUGAGGAAAUAGUGAUCCCUUUCUUGACUGUUGGGUAGAAGUAAAGAAAACUCAAAGACAUCAAACAUCAAAGUGAAUCCAGCCUUGCAGUACCAAGUAGCCUGGGUGGGGUAUGUUAGCCACUGGCUGCUGUGUGAUCUCCAGCAAUCACCAAUGGACACCCUGUGUUCAGAGAUGCCCAAUAUGUUGUCCGAGCUACUAAUGUCUCUAUUGUCAUGCUAUAAAGAACAAGGAGGAAGAAGAAUAGUCCUGAAGCAGGUGUGGGGAGGUCAGGAGGAUGUCUGAGAGAAGGAAGUCCUGCAGAGAGUGGCAUUCUGGGGAGGAGGAAGGCAGGGUGUGGCUUGUGUCUGGACAGAGGGUAGGCAUGUGACGUGUGCCUGGUGGAAAAAAUAAGUAGGUGGAGAGCCAGUUAGCAGGAAAAAAAUUUUGCUCUGAGUAUUCACAAAAUGCAAAGAAAUUUAUACUGGAAAUGAGUGAAAUGAACUUGGACUUCUAUUGAUGCCCUUUUCAAGGGGGAGGUAAGGACUAUUUGAACUGAAAAGCAUACUAAUUGAACCUUAAUAAAUCAUUCUCAAUCAGUGUUUGG